AUGACAACAAUAAAUGAAAUGAAAGACGCUCUGAAAGAAACUCUGGAAUCACGUGGAGUUUUGCCCCAAUUAAGGGCGAGAAUAAGAGCAGAGAUAUUCAAUGCUUUGAAUGAAGACCCUGAAGAUAAGCCUAAGCUCUCAAUGGAAAAUAUGAUAAUUAAUGAUUUAAUCAGAGAAUACAUGGAAUACAAUCAUUAUAGUUAAACCACAAGUGUAUUUAGUUCUGAAGCAGGAAUGCCUUAAGAAAUGCUUGAUAGAGGAUUCAUUACAAAAAAAUUGAAAAUCGUAGAAGACAAUAAUUCUAAGUAAACUCCUCUAUUAUAUGGUCUUGUGUUUGGGAUGAAGAAGGUGAUAAAUAAUUAAGAAGUUCAAAACGAACCUUAGACAGGACCAAAAUAUCGAAAUGUUUAUCCUGAAUCAGGCCAAGUAGUUGAAUCCAAUAAUGAAUAUGAGUUUCAGGGAGGAAGGAGAAACAUUUCUGAUUAAAUUUUUAAAUGA